AUGCUGUUGUACAAUGUACUAGUUCUCUUCUUCUGACAAAUCUCACAUUCACUUUCAUUUUCUGAAACUCAAACUCAAACUUAAAAGCUGUUCCUGUUUUUUUCCAUUUCCUAAAACGAAACACCUUCUUCUGAUUCCUUAAAAAAGCUACUUUUUUUCUUUCUUCAUUUCAACUUAUUUAGAUUUCAUUCUUUUUCUGAGAUUUUUUGUUGUAUGUGUAAAAAAAAAAAAACAUUAUGUGUGGACCAUUGAUGUAAAGUUUUGAGCUUUUUCUUUGUACUUGUUUUUGGGUCUGUUUUGUUUCAAGAGCUUCUGUUUUAAUCAAACAGAAGCUCUUGUUUUGUUUUUGUUGUUGUAGUUUUUGUGUUGAAUUUUUCUGUUGGUCAUCUUUUUAGAACAAAAAAAAAAACUUGAGCUUUGUUUUGAAGCUCAAGGGAUCUGAAUUGUGAUGAUGGAGAUUGAAGAAGAGAAGGUGGGGACAAGUGCUGGUGUUGAAGUUGGUGCUGGUUUUGAAGAUGGAGUUGACUCUAAGUUUUGCUACAUGCAGAAGUUUAGGCUCUACGAAACUUCUCAGAGAUUCUAUAUGAUUGGAAGAGACAAAAACAGAACAUUUUGGAAGGUCUUAAAGAUUGACAGAUUGGAUAAGUCUGAGUUAAAUAUCUCUGAAGAUCAAACAAAAUACUCAGAAAUUGAGUGUUGUGAAAUGCUGAAGCGUCUACAGGACGGAAACUUGGCCACAGGGGGGCUUAAAUUUGUAACAACUUGCUAUGGAAUCAUCGGGUUUAUCAAAUUUCUUGAGCCAUACUACAUGCUGCUUAUAACAAAACGGAGGAAGAUUGGCACAAUAUGCGGACACACUAUAUAUGCUAUCACAAAGAGCGAAAUGAUACCAAUUCCACAUCCAAGUGUGCGAUCAAAUUUGGCAUAUUCUAAGGAUGAGAACAGAUACAAGAAGUUUCUAUGCAGUAUGGAUCUUACAAAGGACUUCUUUUUCAGCUACUCAUACAACAUUAUGCUUAGUCUUCAAAAGAACUUAUCUAGUCAGAAUGUCAGGGGACAAUCACUAUAUGAAACACUGUUUGUUUGGAACGAGUUCUUAACUCGUGGAAUCAGGAAUAAUCUCCAGAAUACUUCCUGGACUGUUGCCUUAGUCUAUGGAUUUUUUAAACAGGUUAACCUUUCUAUAUCUGGCCGCAAGUUUGACUUGAUUACCAUUGCUAGGCGCUCACGGCACUAUGCUGGGACCAGGUAUUUGAAACGAGGAGUCAAUGAAAGGGGUAGAGUAGCAAAUGAUGUUGAGACAGAGCAGAUAGUCUUUGCAGAUGCUAGUGAUGGAUCCCCAAUGCAAAUCAGUUCUGUGGUGCAGAUCCGGGGUUCAAUCCCUCUCUUUUGGUCUCAGGAAGCCUCUCCAUUGAAUAUGAAACCUGACAUUAUAUUAUUUAAGAAGGACGCAAUGUUUGAAGCCACUAGACUUCAUUUUGAGAAUCUUGUCAUGAGAUAUGGAAACCCAAUUAUUAUACUGAACUUGAUUAAGACUCAUGAAAAGAAGCCGCGUGAAACUAUUCUGCGAACCGAGUUCGCCAAUGCUGUUAAGUCUAUCAAUAAAACUUUGAGUAAGGAGGAUUGUCUGAGGUAUCUUCAUUGGGAUCUGACUUGGCAUUCGAGACGCAAGGCCACCAACGUGCUAUCACAACUGGGAAAAGUGGCUAUGUUCGCGUUGAAUCUGACUGGCAUUUUCUACUGUCCAGUGACACCAAACAUGAGUCCAGAGGGAUUAUUCCCAUAUUCCUACUCUGACAAUAACAAUGUCAUUGAUGAAUUUCUUGUUGAACAAGAUACUGUAAAAAAGUAUAAUGCUGAUAAGGAAACAGAAGUUGGAAAUGGUUAUUGCAAUGGUGAUGGUGAGAACAAAGAUUACAAUGUCAAAGCCAAGACGGUUCAAUCAGGCGUCUUGAGGACAAAUUGCAUAGAUUGUUUAGACCGCACCAAUGUUGCACAGUAUGCUUAUGGACUAGUCGCACUAGGACGUCAGCUACAUGCAUUAGGGUUUAUUGAAUCCCCACAUAUUAAACUUGGUAACCCUUUGGCAAAGGAUUUAAUGAAAGUUUAUGAGUCUAUGGGUGACACAUUAGCCUUUCAAUAUGGGGGUUCUGCAGCGCACAACAAGAUAUUUUCUAGAAGUAGAGGUCAAUGGAAGGCUGCGGCACAAUCCCAAGAGCUUAUUCGAACCCUACAGCGUUAUUACAACAAUACAUAUACGGACGGGUUUAAACAAAAAGCAAUUAACAUAUUCUUGGGGCAUUUCCAGCCACAACAAGGAAAACCAGUACUGUGGAAGCUUGAUUCAGAUCAACAUUACCUUCUUGGAAGUCAUGGUCCAAAUUUAGCAGAUGGAAUUGAUGGGUCAUUCAUUAGAAGAUCACAAUCUGAUGGCAAUAUUCUCGGUGAAAGUGACUCUACAACUAGGAACUUGCAUGCACCAGACUGUCCGUACUCAUCUGAAAAUCCUGAUAAGCAAUCUCUUUUGGAGCCUCUGUUGAAGCCUACUUCUGGAACUUCUAUUUGUCAAUGCAGGCAAGUUUAUGGAGGAACGGGCAAGGACCAAUAUUGUGAAAACGAUCACAUUUGUUAUGAUGAACAUGAAGAUGCAAAUGACUGCUCCAAUUUCCUUGAUGUCGACUGGCUUUCUUCUUCUGAAAAUUCUUGUGAAGAAGAACUACUUGACAGGUCAAUCAGCAUCUCCUCAGAAAAUAUUGUGAAUGAACUAAUAACUGAGGUGCCGGCAAGUGAAUCUGGACCUAUCUUUAAGGAGAGGCAAAGUGAAGAAGAACUCAACAAAAAUGGAAAAUAUACUGAAAGCUUUGAAAAUUGGGUUACUCAUGGUCAAUUGCUUUAUGUUUGAGACUAGUCCUAAUGUCUCCUGACCUAUAUCAACUUAUCCGAAGGAUGAGAAUUCAUGACUUUGCUGUACAGAAAUAAAUGGUAAGAUAAAAUACAAAAGCAAAUAGCAGUGGCAGAAGCUAAGAAGCUGAUUUUUGUUCAAAAGAGCACUUGAGUUACAUAUUCAUAUUUUCAUUUGGGAGGUAGUGGUAGAGAUGUUAAUAAGUAAUUAAAUUUUUGUGCCUCCCCCCAAUUAGGUACAUUAUCAAGCAUUCAAAUAUUACCAUUCAUGUAUAUAAUUUAAUUUUCAUUGAAAAACUAUAUAUAGAAAAAGGGUCCUGUUGACUUGUGCUCUUAGGGCACAAGUUAAGGAGCUUAAAAUGGAAAUAAAAAAUAAGUUUUAUAUUAAAUUUAUAA